GGGCGGCCGCGCCGCGCCGCGCCAUGGGCAAGAAGCACAAGAAGCACAAGGCGGAGAAGGCGGAGUGGCGCUCGGCCUCGGCCACCACCUAUGGCGAUUAUGGCGACAAGGCCUUGGAGAAGCCCCUGAAGCUGGUGCUGAAGGUGGGGGGAAGUGAAGUGACCGAGCUGUCCGGGUCAGGGCACGAUUCCAGCUACUACGAUGACAGGUCGGAUCACGAGCGAGAGCGGCAUAAGGAGAAGAAGAAGAAGAAGAAAAAGAAGUCGGAGAAGGAGAAGGAAAAGCACCUGGAUGAUGAGGAGAGGAGAAAAAGAAAGGAAGAGAAAAAGAGGAAAAGGGAAAAAGAGCAGUGUGACACUGAGGGAGAAACUGACGACUUUGAUCCAGGAAAGAAGGUGGAGGUUGAGCCUCCUCCGGAUCGCCCUGUCCGAGCUUGCAGAACUCAGCCAGCUGAAAAUGAAAGCACACCCAUCCAGCAAUUACUGGAACACUUUCUUCGCCAGCUUCAAAGGAAAGACCCUCAUGGAUUUUUUGCUUUUCCAGUCACGGAUGCCAUUGCUCCUGGGUAUUCCAUGAUCAUAAAACACCCUAUGGAUUUUGGUACUAUGAAGGAAAAAAUUACAGCAAAUGAAUACAAAUCAGUCACUGAAUUUAAGGCAGAUUUUAAACUAAUGUGUGAUAAUGCAAUGACAUACAACAGACCAGAUACUGUUUACUACAAGCUAGCCAAGAAGAUACUGCACACAGGCUUUAAGAUGAUGAGCAAAGAACGGCUGUUAGCUUUGAAGCGCAGCAUGUCGUUUAUGCAGGACAUGGAUUUUUCUCAGCAGGCAGCUCUUUUGGGUGAUGAAGACACAGCAGUUGAGGAACCUGUUCCUGAAGUUGUUCCUGUACAAGCAGAGACUACCAAGAAAUCCAAAAAGCAAAAUAAAGAAGUUAUUAGUUGCAUCUUUGAACCGGAGGGAAAUGCAUGCAGCCUGACAGAUAGCACUGCUGAAGAACAUGUCCUGGCCCUAGUGGAGCAUGCAGCAGAUGAAGCUCGGGACAGGAUCAAUCGAUAUUUACCCAACAGCAAGAUUGGUUAUCUGAAAAAGAAUGGAGAUGGAACUCUGUUAUUCAGUGUAGUCAACUCAUCUGACCCAGAAGCAGAGGAGGAAGAAACUCACCCAGUUGAUCUCAGUUCACUGUCAAGCAAAUUAUUACCUGGCUUCACUACGUUGGGCUUUAAAGAUGAACGAAGAAACAAAGUAACCUUUCUUACAAGUGCAAGCACAGCACUUUCCAUGCAAAACAACUCUAUAUUUCAUGAUCUGAAAUCGGAUGAAAUGGAACUGCUGUAUUCAGCAUACGGUGAUGAAACUGGGAUACAGUGUGCCUUAAGUUUACAAGAAUUUGUGAAGGAUGCUGGAAAUUACAGCCAGAAAAUAGUGGAUGAUCUUCUGGACCAGAUCACUAGUGGAGAUCAUUCGAAAACGAUAUAUCAGCUAAAGCAGAGGCGAAACAUACCAGUAAAACCACUGGAUGAAGUUAAAGUUCUGCCAGUUCUAAUAAAAGAGGAACACAAGCUGCGGAAUACCUGUCCGGAUUCUUCCAAACAAAUAAUGGUUGGUGAAUCUUCUGGGGACAAUAAUGCUUCUGACUUGGACUUUCUCUCUAUGAAACCAUAUUCAGAUGUUUCUCUCGAUAUAUCCAUGUUAAGUUCAUUAGGAAAGGUGAAGAAGGAGCUUGAUCACGAUGAUGGCCAUCUCCAUUUGGAUGAAACAACUAAGCUGCUGCAAGACCUCCAUGAGGCUCAAGCCGAGAGAGUGGGAUCCCGGCCAUCAUCCAAUCUGAGCUCCCUCUCCAAUACUUCAGAAAGAGACCAGCAUCAUCUUGGAAGCCCUUCUCAUCUGAGCGUUGGAGAGCAACAAGACAUGGUUCAUGAUCCCUAUGAAUUUCUUCAGUCUCCAGAAACCUCAAAUGCUACUACUAACUAAUCUGACAUGUAACAUAGCUAUUUUGUAUUUUAACUGUAUAACAUUUUUAUAAAGUUUUUGUCCAUGGCAAAAACCUCAAUUUUGUCCUCUUUUGUUUGAGGAUUGCUCUUUAGUAUCAUGCACAUUGGAUGAAAAAAAAACAAAAAGGCCUAUAUAUCAUGUUGUUAGCAAUGUACCAAAACCUGUUGUUU